AGUGCGCGCAAGCACGAGGCUCUCUUUCCUCAGUUGCCGCCAAGGUGCUCGGUUCUUCCGAGGGAGCUAAGGCCGCGUUGGGGUGAGCCCUUCACUUCAUCCGGCGACUAGCACCGCGCCCGGCAGCCCGCAUCAUGGCCUCCGUCUCUGAGCUCGCCUGUAUCUACUCCGCUCUUAUCCUGCACGACGACGAAGUGACCGUCACGGAGGAUAAGAUCAAUGCUCUUAUUAAAGCGGCCGGCGUCAAUGUGGAACCUUUCUGGCCUGGCUUGUUCGCAAAGGCCCUGGCCAAUGUCAGCAUUGGGAGCCUCAUCUGCAACGUAGGGGCCGGUGGCCCUGCUCCUGCAGCUGGUGCUGCCCCUGCAGGAAGCCCCGCACCCACCACCACUGCUGCUCCAGCUGAGGAGAAGAAGGUGGAAGCAAAGAAAGAAGAAUCUGAGGAGUCUGACGACGACAUGGGCUUCGGUCUUUUUGACUAAACCUUAGUUUGUAACAUGUUCAAUAAAAGCUGAACAGCU